AUGACUCCAAUACCUACCCGCGCUUCGACGCCUUCCGACGCCGCUGUCCGAUCGCAACCCCUCAGCGGCUCGCCCCCAGUGCUGCAGUUCGGCCAAUGGGGAGCCGACCGGUACUUGGGGAAGCGGAGCGGCGCCAAUCGCGGGCGUAGAGGCAUCGGCGGCGGGGAUGGCGGCGUGGGUGGCGGCGGCGAGGGCGGAGGCGGCGACCGCGAUCACGGCGAUAGGGGUGGUCCACACGGGAGAGGCGCGGGGGGAAGAGGCACGGAAGGGGGAGGAGGCGGGGUGCUUGAGCGGCCCGCUCGAUGCAGCGAUUAUCGCGCGAAAUACGCGGAUCGAAGCGACGCGUUCGUGGUCAUCGACAACGGCUCGCACCGCUGCCGAAUAGGGUGGGCGCCGUGCGGGGUAGGCGCGGGGUGGGCGCGGGAUUGGCACGGGUCGACUCAAAGCACCACUCCGCAUCGCUUGGUACCAGCUCAUCCUUCCCCUUCCGCCGACCCCUCUCUCCGUUGCCUCCUCGCCUCAUCUCUCGCGUCCCCCUCCCCCCGCCCGUUUCCCCUCUCCCUCCCCUCUCCUCCCUCCCCCUCCGCCUCCCCCCUGUGCCAUGCGCGCAGGUGGGGCGGGGAGGCGGAUCCGCGGGUGGACUUCAGGAGCGUGGUGGGGCGGCCGCGGCCUCGCAGUGGGGGUGAGCGUUGGGGAGAGGAGAAUGGAGGGACUGGGGGCUCGCAGGUUACCGUGGUGGCGACUGGGACCCUCCUUGACCCAUGCUCCUGCACCCGUCACCCCACCGCCACCCACCUGCACCUUCCUUCCCCUUCUCCUCCUGCUACUCUUUCUCCGCCUCCCCACCCUACCCCACCUCGCGUCACUUCAGGCUCGCAGGUGACGGUGGUGGGCGACUGGACCCCGCGCUCGCAGGUGACGGUGGUGGGCGACUGGGACCCUGCGUGGCCGGCGCUGAGGGCGCUGGAGUUUGGGCGGCAGAGCAUCCGAUCGCCCUUUGAGUCCAACGUCAUCUAUAACUUCGAGCUCAUGGAAUGCAUCUUUGAUUACGCGUUUGAUCGAUUGGGGGUGGAAGGCGGCGGCAGGGUAAACCACCCUGUGUUAUUGACUGAGGCUCCCUGCGCGCCCCUGUACACGCGUGGCAAGACAGCAGAGCUCAUGUUUGAGACCUACGGCGUGCCUGCCCUGGCGUUCGGAGUUGAUGGGGUGUUCAGCUAUCGCCACAACACCGCACAGCACCACUCUGUACCGGACGGUCUGCUGGUCAACUGCGGCCACUCCACCACCCAUGUCAUGCCCAUGAUCGCAGGGCAGCCUCUGCUGGACGCCACGUGUCGCAUUCCCGUUGGUGGAUGGCACGUCACUGACUACCUGAAGCGCCUUCUCACUCUGCUCUAUCCACAACACGCAUCUGUUAUAACGUGGGAGAGAGCCGAGGAGAUGAAGUGCCGGGGUGUGUAUGUGGCCAUUGACUACUCGCAGGAAUUGAAGGCAUUCCAGUCUCCAGCUGCCCCGGUAGUUUCCUGGCAGCUGCCGUGGGUGGCGCCCGUGGCCCCCCAGGGCCCGUCAGAGGAGGAGGUGGCGAGACGGACGGCCAACAAGGAGCGCGCGGGGCAGCGGUUGAGGGACAUGGCUGCUGCAAAGCGGGCGGCGAAGCGGGCGGCGGAGCUGGAGGAGGUGGAGGGGGAGGUGGAGGGGUUGAGAGCGGUGAUCGAAGAUGUGGAGGACGGGGCGGAAGGGAGAGAGGCGAUCAUGCUGCUCUCGCGUGUGCGCUGUGCCACGCUCUCAGAAGCACGAGGCAAGCUUGCCAAGUGCAUGGCGACUCUCAGGAAGCUGAGGGGGGAGGAGGGCGAGGGGGAGGGGGAGGGGGAGGAGGGGGAGGGGGAAGGGGAGGAGGGGGAGACGGGAUCAGUGGCAGGGGGGGCGGAGGAGCAGGAUGAGUCGGUGCUGUACCCGCUGCUUGAUAUCCCGGAUGCAGAACUGACAGCCGAGGAGCUGCGGGAGAAGCGGCGGCAGCGGACGAUGCGAGGGAUCGCGCUGGGGCAGGCGAGGAUGCGUCAGGCAGCAGAGGAGAAGCGAGCUAAGGCGGCUGCUGAGAGGGAUGAAGAAGAGCGGAAGAGAAGGGAGAACCCAGAGGCGUAUGCAGCCGAGCUGAGGGCGCGGUUUCAGCAGCUGCAGGUGGCACUGGAGCAGAGGAAGCGGAGGAAGAUGGGAGCAGGGGGGGUGGUUCUUGGUGCUGCGGCGUCGCCAUCAGUGGGAGGGGAAGAGUCUGGUGGGAAGGGCAUGGGAUCGGAAGGAGGUGCCAGUGGGGGAGAAGCGGUAGGAGUAGGAGGAGCAGUGGGAGCAGCAGCAGCAGCAACAGCAGCAACCGCAGCAACCGCAGCAGGAGUAGGAGCAGGAGCAGUUUCAGUGGCUGCUGCCUCGCCUGUGCUCUCUCUUGCGGCGGCAGCAGCAGCGGCAGCCUCAGGCCAGGCAGUGAAAGGCGCGACUCUAGACAUCACUCCCCUGGGGGGCCCUGCUGGUGCCCUUGCAGGGGCGACUGGCGUGGGGCUGGGAGGCGCCCUUGCUGGGAGCGUGGCUGGUGGGCGCACGGAGCGAAUCACAGCUGCGCACAGGGAGAGGAUGAAGCUGCUGACUGCUGCUGCGUUUGAGAGUGAGGGUGAGGGUGGGGUGCAGGUGAGGGUGAGGGUGGGGUGCAGCAAGAGGGGCACGGCACAUGACCUGGCACGGGACAGAGGAUUCUCUGAGGUGAUUUCUGAGUCGACUCAAAAGUCAUCAAGAGGGGCACGGGAUAGUGGAUUCUCUGAGGUGAUUUUUGAGUCGACUCAAAAGUCAUCAAGAGGGGCACGGGACAGUGGAUUCUCUGAGGUGAUUUUUGAGUCGACUCAAAAGUCAUCAAGAGGGGCACGGGAUAGUGGAUUCUCUGAGGUGAUUUUUGAGUCGACUCAAAAGUCAUCAAGAGGGGCACGGGAUAGUGGAUUCUCUGAGGUGAUUUUUGAGUCGACUCAAAAGUCAUCAAGAGGGGCACGGGAUAGUGGAUUCUCUGAGGUGAUUUUUGAGUCGACUCAAAAGUCAUCAAGAGGGGCACGGGAUAGUGGAUUCUCUGAGGUGAUUUUUGAGUCGACUCAAAAGUCAUCAAGAGGGGCACGGGAUAGUGGAUUCUCUGAGGUGAUUUUUGAGUCGACUCAAAAGUCAGCAAGAGGGGCACGGGAUAGUGGAUUCUCUGAGGUGAUUUUUGAGUCGACUCAAAAGUCAGCAAGAGGGGCACGGGAUAGUGGAUUCUCUGAGGUGAUUUUUGAGUCGACUCAAAAGUCAGCAAGAGGGGCACGGGAUAGUGGAUUCUCUGAGGUGAUUUUUGAGUCGACUCAAAAGUCAGCAAGAGGGGCACGGGAUAGUGGAUUCUCUGAGGUGAUUUUUGAGUCGACUCAAAAGUCAGCAAGAGGGGCACGGGAUAGUGGAUUCUCUGAGGUGAUUUUUGAGUCGACUCAAAAGUCAUCAAGAGGGGCACGGGAUAGUGGAUUCUCUGAGGUGAUUUUUGAGUCGACUCAAAAGUCAGCAAGAGGGGCACGGGAUAUUGAAGGAGCAGGGGCACUACAUCUCCCCCACCCUUUCUCCUCCUCCGCUUUCGUGGUGCAACUGAUCAAGACGAUGAGCAAGCAUGUGCGGCAGCGGGAGUCGGAGCGUGCUGAGAGAGCGACACUUGUCACGCAGGAGAAGCUCCAGCUCAGCAAGGGCCGCCCUCCGCGCCUGCCGGACCUCUGGAUCCGCCCAUCGUUCGGCGGGAAGGGGCGCAAACUCACAGGAUCACUGGAGGCUCAUCUGAACGGGUUCCGGUAUUCCACUGCCAAGCCGGACGAGAGGGUGGAGGUGAUGUAUGGCAACAUCAAGCACGCCUUCUUCCAGCCCGCAGAGAACGAGAUGAUCACCCUGCUGCACUUCCACCUGCACAACCCGCCUCACCCGCCUGACCCGUCCGGGGGAUUUGCAGUUGCCAUCUGUGGGGAACUAAAGCCCCUUCUGCCUCUCUUUCCCGCUGUUCCUGCUCGCGCCUUCCUUUACCCCCCCUCCCCUGUUUCAACACUCCUCCCCCCCUACCAGCCGGACGAGAGGGUGGAGGUGAUGUAUGGCAACAUCAAGCACGCCUUCUUUCAGCCCGCCGAGAACGAGAUGAUCACCCUGCUGCACUUCCACCUGCACAACCCCAUCAUGGUCGGCAAGAAAAAGACGAAAGACAUGCAGUUUUUCGCCGAGGUCAUGGAGGUCGUCCAAACAGUGGGCGGCUCGCGCCGCUCGGCUUACGACCCGGACGAAAUCGAGGAGGAGCAGAGGGAGCGGGAGCGGCGGAGCAAGAUCAACCGGGAGUUCAAAUCCUUUGUCAGCGCGGUGCAUUCUCUCUGGGAGAAGGACCGCGAGCUUGCUCGUCUCGACCUCGAAUUCGACGUGCCGUUCCGGGAAUUAGGGUUUCACGGCGUGCCGCACAAGUCGUCCGCAUUCAUCGUACCGACGGUGAACUGCCUCGUGGAGCUUAUCGAGGUGCCCUUCCUGGUGGUCACUCUGAACGAGGUCGAGAUUGUGAAUCUGGAGCGCGUGGGUCUCGGGCAGAAAACUUUCGACAUGGCGAUUGUUUUCAAGGAUUUCAAGCGGGACGUGCUGCGGAUUGAUGCGAUUCCGAGCACGUCGCUCGACUCGGUGAAAGAAUGGCUGAAUUCGAUGAACAUCAAGUACUAUGAGUCGCGGCUGAAUCUCAGCUGGAAGGCUAUCCUGCAGAAUAUAAUGAGUGACCCCGAGGCGUUUCUAGCGGACGGCGGGUGGGAGUUUCUGAAUUUGGAAGCGUCGGAUAGCGAGGGGGAGGAGUCGGAGGAAUCGCAGGCGUACGAGCCGUCGGAUCUGGAGGAGGCUGCAUCCGACGAUGACGAUGACGAGAGCGAGGAUGACGAGAGUGUGGUGGAUAGUGAGGAGGAGGAGGGGGAGGAGGAGGAAGAGGAGGAGGAGGAGGGUCCGACGUCCUGA